AUGCCACUAAUUAUUACUCUUUUGCGUUUGUCAGUAUCCUUCUAUUUUUGGGCGGUCUCAUUUGUGUUCAGAUUUUUGAAUUUCCUUUACAAACGUCGGAUUGUGGAUAAAGCAACAAAUGAAGUUUUGCUUAUUUCUGCUGGAGAGGCAGCUGCAAUGAUUAGAAGGGGAGAGAUUGGGUCUCUUCAAUUAGUCGAAGCCUAUAUUGAGAGAAUUCGGCAUGUUAAUGGAAUGUUAAAUGCAGUUGUAGAAGAUAAUUAUGCUAAAGCCAGGGAAACCGCUCAGCAUGUUGACAACUAUUUAAGUCUUAUUAACAGAAAUUCUGAAGAAUUGGCUAAGUUAGCAAAAACAAAACCUUUAUUUGGUGUGCCCUUCACUGUUAAGGAUAAUACAUUUUGCAAAGAUUUUGUUUGUACGGCAGGUGUUCCUGCAAGAAAACAAAAUGAACCUUGUGAGGAGGAUGCUGAAGCUGUUAAACGAGUUAAGGAUGCUGGUGCAAUUUUGCUAGCAAUAACAAAUGUUCCAGAACUUGCUCUUUGGUGGGAGAGCAGCAACAAAAUUUAUGGAAGAACUAAUAAUCCUUAUGAUGUUCGAAGAACUCCUGGUGGUAGUAGUGGAGGUGAAGGAGCACUUAUUGCAGCAGCUGGAUCAGUUAUUGGAUUGGGGAAUGAUGUUGGAAUUGUUCCCUCUUCCGGUAUCAUUCCUCAUCUUAGAGGCGGUUACGUUACUCAAAUGGCAUCUGCUGGACCCAUGGCUCGUUAUGCUUCUGAUUUGGCAUUAAUGCUUCAAGUCCUUGCUGGAGAGGAGGUUGCUCAAAAUCGGCUUCAUUUACAACAGCCAGUUAAUUUCAAGAAUGUCAAAAUUUUUUAUAUGGAGGAAAUUAAAUCUUUAUUUUGUCAAAAUUUGUCAAAGGAAAUGCGUCACGUUGUUCGAAAGACAGCUAAAUAUUUUGAAAAAAAGUAUGACAUUAGCACACACCGUCUCGAUUUAUUGUUAGCUCAUCAUGCUCAUGAAAUGUUUUUAACUUCAUUAGAUGAAGAUGAUUAUGAAAAGAUAACAAUGGCUAUGUCCAAUUCUAAGUAUGAUGUUAAUUGUGUUUUUGAAUUAAUUAAAUUCCCAUUGGGUUUAUCUGAUCACACAUUGCCGGCGAUAUUUACAGGAAUGCGAAGCAAACUUCCAAAAAAGAAUGAAGCUAGAAGAAAAUUUAUUAACAGUAAACGUGAUCAGUUACGACGUGAAAUUGUUGAUUUGUUGGGCAAGGAUGGAAUUUUAAUUUUUCCUGCAUGGCCUACCACAGCACCAUUUCAUCAACAACCUUUGCUUACUCCGAUGAAUAUAUUAUAUACAGCAUUAUGGAAUACUUUAGCUUUGCCUGUUCUUGCUUGUCCUAUGGGAAUUAAUUCUGAAGGUUUACCUGUUGGUGUUCAAAUUGUCUGUGCACCAGAUUCUGAAAGGUUACUUUUGGCAGCAGCUCAAGAUUUGGAGGAAGGUUUUGGCGGAUGGACACCUCCUGAACCGCCUGGAGGUUGGAGGCAAUUUGUGAGAAGAAUUGUCAGUCGUUGA